AUUAAACAUUUUUAUAUCAAUAGUAAGUUAUAUCAACAUAUGCUCUUUUAUGACAAAGCUUUGACAUUUUUUUAGUGUUUAUAAUGGCAUCAUUACUUCAAAAUGAUAAAAUCUUACGCACAGAUAUUACUACUGCCAAGUGUAAAUCGUCUAAUAUGAAAAUAACCACAUCUAACAUGGCACCUCAUAAUCAUAUAGAAAAACGAUAUGAGAACAUAAUUAAAUCACCAAAUGAUAAAAGAGAAUAUAGAGGUCUAUUACUUUCUAAUAAAAUGAAAGUUUUAUUGAUUAGUGAUCCUACAACAGAUAAAAGUGCUGCAGCUUUGAAUGUGAAUAUUGGAUAUUUAAGCGAACCCGAUGAUUUACCAGGUUUAGCACAUUUUUGUGAGCAUAUGUUAUUCUUAGGAACAGAGAAAUAUCCCGAAAAAAAUGAUUACAAUAAAUAUUUAUCACAAAAUGGUGGCACAUAUAAUGCAUCAACUCACAUGGAUCACACUCUUUAUUAUUUUGAUGUACACGCAGAAAAAUUGAGAGGUGCAUUAGAUCGUUUUGCACAAUUUUUUAUUGCACCACUCUUUACAGAAUCUUUAACUGAAUUAGAAUUAAAUGCUAUUCACUUGGAAUGCGAGAAAAAUUUAGCAAAUGACACAUGGCGUCUUGAUCAAUUAGAAAAAUCAUCUGCUGAUCCAAAUCAUCCUUUUUCAAAAUUUGAUGCAGGCAAUAAAGAAACUUUAGAUAUACUUCCAAAACAAAAAGGAAUAAAUGUAAGAGAAAAAUUACUUGAAUUUCAUAAGAAAUUUUAUUCUUCUAAUGUAAUGGCAUUAUGUGUACUUGGCAAAGAGAGUUUAGAUGAACUUGAAAAAAUGGUAAUAGAAUUAUUUUCUCAAGUGAAAAAUAAAGAAAUUGCAAUACCUACUUGGCCACAACAUCCUUUUAAUGAGCAACAUUUUCAACACAAGUGGUAUAUUGUUCCAAUAAAAGAUAUUAGAAAUUUAUAUAUUAUAUUUCCUAUACCUGAUUUGACUGAACAUUACAAAUCUUCGCCAGCAUAUUAUAUCUCACAUUUAUUAGGACAUGAAGGAGAAGGAUCACUUUUAUCUUUAUUGAAAGCAAAAGGAUGGUGUAACUCGCUUGGAUCGGGUAAGCGAUUAAGUGCCAGAGGCUUUAGCUUCUUUGUCGUUUUUGUUGAUUUAACAGAGGAAGGUACUCAACAUGUUGAUGAUAUUGUUCUAUUAACCUUCCAAUAUAUUAACAUGCUAAAGAAACAUGGACCAGUUGAAUGGAUUUACAAUGAAUGUAGAGAUAUUGCAAAUAUAAAUUUCAAAUUCAAAGAAAAAAGUUAUCCUUGUGACUAUGUCAGUAGUAUAGCACAGAGAUUAUAUGACUAUCCAAUGGAAGACAUUUUAACAGUAGAAUACCUUUUUCCAUUAUGGAAGCCAGAUUUAAUUAAGUGGGUGAUGGGAUAUUUGAAACCAGAAAAUGUUAGAAUUCAUGUAAUUGGAAAAUCAUAUGAAAAUAUAGCUGAUGAAACUGAAAAGUGGUAUGGUGUCAAAUUUAAAAAAGAAAAAAUAUCACAAAAUGUAAUAAAUGAAUGGAUUAAUGCUGGUUUGAAUCUAAAUUUGAAAUUGCCACCAAAAAAUGAAUUCAUACCAGAAAAAUUUGAUAUAAAACCAACAGAAAACAACAUAUCCAAAUUUCCAGUAAUCAUUGAAGAUACUCCACUAAUAAGAUUAUGGUUUAAACAAGAUGAUGAAUUUGUUAUACCCAGGGCUAAUUUAUUUAUUGAUUUUGUCAGUCCACUAGCAUACAUGGAUCCCCUUAAUUGUAAUUUAACAUAUAUAUUUGUAUUAUUGUUUCGUGAUGCUCUAAAUGAAUAUGCAUAUGCUGCUGAAAUAGUUGGUCUUAGAUGGGAGCUUACUAAUAGUAGAUAUGGAAUGAUAUUGAGAAUUGUUGGCUAUGAUGAUAAACAACAUGUAUUACUAGAUAAAAUUAUAGAUAAAAUGAUCAAUUUUAAAGUUGAUCCAAAAAGAUUUGAGAUUUGGAAAGAAAAUUAUAUUAGAAAUCUAAAAAACUAUAAAGCUGAACAACCAUAUCAGCAUGCAGUUUAUUAUCUUACUGUUUUAUUAUCAGAACUAAUGUGGAUGAAGGAAGAAUUACUGAAUGCCACAUCUUACUUAACAGUUGAAAGAGUUCAAAAUUUUAUUCCACAAUUUCUAAGUAAAUUACAUAUGGAAUGUUUAAUACAUGGUAAUGUAACAAUGUCAGAAGCUAUUGAAACAGCAAAAUUAAUAGAAUCAAAAUUAUCAAAUACAAAUCCUCAUAUAGUACCACUUCUAUCUAAGCAGCUAGUUUUACAUCGCGAAAUCAAAUUAGAUGAUGGUUGUCAUUUUUUACUUGAAGUAAAAACUAAAUUUCAUACUAGUUCAUGUACACAAGUUUAUUAUCAAACUGGCUUACAAUCAACAGAAUCGAAUAUGCUCCUAGAACUUUUAGCACAGAUUUUAUCAGAACCAUGUUUUACCAUGUUAAGAACUAAAGAACAAUUGGGAUACAUAGUAUUUAGUGGAGUUCGAAGAGCAAAUGGAGCACAAGGUUUAAGAAUUAUAGUUCAAAGUGAUAGACAUCCUAAAUACGUUGAACAAAAAAUUAAUGUAUUUUUAAAUUCAAUGUUGCAAUAUAUAUCAUCUAUGACAGAAGAAGAAUUUAAUGCACAUAAAGAAUCAUUAGCCGUACGCCGACUUGAAAAGCCUAAACAAAUGACUAUUUUAUCUACUAUAUUUUGGAGUGAAAUUACAGCGCAACAAUAUAAUUUCGACCGCGCAAAUAUAGAGGUUGCAUAUUUGAGAACUAUAACACAGGAACAAAUACUACAGUUUUAUGAAGAUAUACUUCGAAGUGAUAUUCAACGCAAAUUAUCAGUACAUGUUGUUUCUACAUUAAAAGAUACAAAUUCAGAAGAUGAAAAGAUAAUAAAAUCUGAAGAAAAUAUUGCAGAUGAAAUAGAUACUAUUGAAUAUAAAAAUAUUGAUGAUAUUAUGAUAUUUAAAAUUAGUCAGUGUUUGUAUCCAUUAAUGAAGCCAUUUACAGAUAUACCAAGGAAAGGAGUGCAUUCGUCAAAAUUAUGA